AUGGAAUAUGAACAUGGAUGUGAUGAAGAGGUCCAUACUUUUGAUAAAACUUUUAGAGACCCAUUCUUGGACAAACUUUCGGGACAUAUAAGUGAUGAUGAUGAAGAGGAAGAAAAUAAUGGAAAAGAUAUAAAUGCAAGGAAGUAUGCAUUUCAGGAGAUAGAGGGUUCUUUAACAAAACAUUAUGCGAAAACAUGGAGCUAUGGAGAAGAGAUAAAAAGGACUAACCCUAGAUCUUCAAAGAUAAGUUUUGGAAAGUUAUACCAUCUAGUUAUCAGCAGUAUGAAGUCAGAUUUGGAUAUUGCACGUGUUGUGGACCUUGGUAACGUGAAGGUUGCAUUCGAACAUGAAGUUGAUAUAGAAAGUGACAGUGAAGUUGAAAUGGAUCUUGAUAGUGAAGUGGAGUCUUUUGAUGAUGAAUUUGAAGAUGGUGUGAUUCAGGAACACGCUCGAGCUCAACCUGAAGAUGAUGUUGAAUUUGAAGAUCAAGCAGAUGAUGUUAUUUAG